UUCCCACUUGUUGGGUCAAGGUGUACAAAUUCUUCUCCCAAUGAAUUUUCGGAGGUUUCAGCUUAAAAACACAUCUAUCCAUAGCUUUCUUGCCAGAAAAAGAAGAAGUAUACGAAAGAAAACAUAUUGUGUCGUGAAAUAACACACUAGGAACAAAUUUUAACGCUCGAUUCUUGAAAAUAACCAUGCCUAAAAACGGGGACUCGAAAGGCAAAGGAAGAGGAAAGCGCGGUACACAACAGCCAAGGAAGAAAGGAAGGAGAACAGGCGACGAAAGCGACGAUGAAGAUUUAGAGAACCAAAGUAUCGCCAGCCAUCCCUCUACAGGAACUCACAGCGGAGACGAAGUUGAUGGCUUUGAUGAAGGAGGAGAACUAGAAUUAGAAGAUGAUUUUGAGCAGAUUUUAGCUGACAACAUCGAUGGAGCGACUCAAAGAAGUUCAAGGGAAAGGCAGUGUGCCUUGAUUGCUGUCCAGAAAGCUUUGAAGUCAAGGAUUGUUAGUGAAUUUAUCUCAGACAGGAAAAUAACUAUACUGGAUUGUAUUGAGAAAUGUGUGAAAAGAGGAACCCCUGAAGAUCGUGUGUUGGCAUCUUCCAUUGCUGCACUGUUGUGCGUUCAACUGGGUGCAGGGUCUGAAAGUCAAGUUGUGUUUAAAACCCUCAAGCCUCAUCUAAUCACUGUUAUUCAGGACAAGACGGCAGCAUCAGCUUCUAGAUCUAGUUGUGGGACAGCCCUUGCCUUAUGCUGUUUUAUCGCCAGUGAAGAUCCUGAUGAACUCUUUGAAUGCUUAAAUGUCCUGGAAGGAAUAUUUGACAACAAGAAGACUGUCAAGGCAAAUGAAGUUGAAGUUUACAGCAAUAUAUUAUUAGCCUGGGCCCUUCUUCUGUCUGUUACACCUUCAGAACAAGCAUACCAGCUUAUUAACAAGCAUUUAAGAAGAAUGACAAAUCUUCUCGAGACAAAUGACCUGAAUGUGAGGAUUGCUGCUGGGGAGAGCUUGGCACUUAUGUAUGAGAUGGCACGUGAUUUUAAUAGAGACUUCAUUGGAGAUAGCAAUGGCCUGUGUGACUUGUUACGAGAUCUUGCAACAGAUGGCAACAAGCAUAAAGCAAAGAAAGAUCUGCGACAGCAACGGUCAAGUUUCAGAGACAUUUUGAAAACUGUUGAGGAUGGCAUUUCUCCAGAUGAGGUGGUGAAAUUUGGAACUGAGAACAUGCAGUUGCAGAGCUGGGUCCAACGGAGGCAGUACACAGCAUUGAAGGAUGUUCUUGGUACUGGUGUUACAGUUCAUUUACAGGAAAAUGACCUCCUUCGGGACAUUUUUGACCUGGGACCUCAGGUGAAAUCCUCUGAAGUUCAGAAAACCUCACGUUAUCAGAGGCAACUGUACAACAAUGCUGUCUCAAAAGCAAGAACUUUGGUUCGUGGAAAGAACAGAGAUAAGAGGAAUGCACUGAGCAUGUACUAAACAUAUGGAAUCUACAUUUAUACUUUAUAGAAUCCUAUUUGAUAAAUGCAAUGUGUGAAAGGACUUGUACUACAAGAAACAUCUGGGUCAAGGACUUUAACAAUACACUAACAGUGCUAUGUAGCAAGCCUUGUGGCUCAGUUCUUGACUUGUACGCUAGGGCAACCUUAUAGUACUAGGCCUUCUUUAAAUGAGUAACAUUAAUUUAAUUCUUAACGUACUUGUCAUGUUUUGAGGUGUUGGUGGUGGUGACGUUUUUCAAUUUAGUGAAAGGUUUUCACCAGGUCUGCUUUUGCAUGCCUGGAAUUAAUAACAGUGUGGAUAAGAACAUGCAUGGGGACUAUAAUCCCUCUUAAUAUAUUAUGGUAGUGAGAGUUGUCGAGUGGUGUGUAAGCCACACAAUAAAAGCAGUGAUUGCAUUCUUGAGUCACAUAACCCUUGGUAUCAUGUUUUGCAUUACAAUUCAAAUCCUAGAUCAGCCAUCAAUUCUGUUAUAAUUUUGGUACAGUUUUGCAAUUUGUUGUAAUUUAUUUUUAUUAAUAUAUUAUGCAUUCAAAAUGAGUUAAAGUGUAAGAUUUAUUUUAUUUAAUCGACAAUGGUGCAUUCUUUAGAAAUAUUAUUGUAGGUGCAAGAAGGGCAUCAACAAUAUUUUUUGUUCAGAAUAUUAAUAUUUUGGUGGUGCAAUCAAUAGAAUAUCAAACUUAUUAGACAAGAAAUGUGUCUAGGGAAUCAUUAGUUGCAUUGAGAAGCUCAGAGGGAUUUUGCAGGGACUGUUUUCAUCAAGUGCAGUAGUUGCAAAUUGCAAAGGUAUUGGAGCUUGAACCAAAACAUGCAGCUGCAAAACCAUUUAACUUAAAACUGUUCUAAUUUUACACCAUUGAAAUGUGGAGGCGAUUGUAUUUUAGCUUUCAAAUGAUUUAAUUGUUUGGGCUUCACUGUAUCUCAAGGAUGGCGGUACAGUCAAACUGCUCCAGGUGAAUACCUUCCCAGUGAGUACAGGUCACUGGGUCCUAGCAAAAUGUUCUUUGUUUUCUGAAAAGCCUCUUAAGCCCCAGACACUUAAACAGGACAGACAACAGACACCAUAAUCCUAUUGGAAUGAUGCUAUAUCUCUGAGUUUGAAAAAAUCUUGACACCUCUGUUAAACAGAUACUUGGAUUGGUCCUUGAGGUGCGCAUAUUGGAGAGGUUUGACUGUUCACAGUUUAAUCCAAAGUAAGAUUUGUUAGACUGAAUUACUUUGUUCCUGGCUGCUUACAGCACCUACUUUGCUAUUAAAUGAUGAUGAGGUCUUUGGUCAUAAGUAUGGUGCAUUUCCUGUUAAAAGAAUCAUUGUUAUGUGUUGACUCUCACACCAGAUAUGAAAAUUAAGGUUAGCAAAAAUACACAGCAAUUUAAAACUUUUAAUUCAUUUGCAGUCAGGGAAAUUACAGCUGUAGAAUUUUGACUGUUCAGAAUUACAUGAGCUAGCUGGUCUAGGCAUAAGAUGUACAAUAAGUUGUAGCAUGAUAAUUAUACCCAGUAGUUUAUUGUAAAUAUUGGAAUCAAUUCAUUAAAACUGCAGUCCAAAUGUGAUGCCAA